AUGCAGCCCACCCAAGCUGUCAAGCAAACCCCACCUUAUUUCUGGGGCAAUACCUCUGUAAUGGUUGGCAGCGGCCUGCAGAAGCUCAGGUCUAUGUUUGAGGCAAUAAAUGAAUCCUCAACGUUGAAUAUUACUCAUUGUUCGGUAGUCAAUCUCAAGUUAUUGCCAGAGCUGCAGCAAUGGCAGAUUGAUCAACGACAUAAUGGAUGGAUAUUACUAUCCAAAGGCAACGGACUGGCACGUGUGCCAGAGAAGGUGGUCGAACUGCUGAAUCCACGGGAUUGGCCUGAGCCGCUCUUAACCCGAGCUGCACUCUUCGGAAGUGGCCUGUUCAAUAUGCUGUGUGGAGCCCACGAUGCCCACACACUCUACUCAAGUUACUGUGCUGACAUGAUCUUCUGUUGGGAGCAUGCCUAUCACCUGGUGUUUCCCGACUUUGUCAAGACCCUCGAACAGGCGAUUCAUGACACCCAUGCGCUAGUUACGCCAGGCGGCAGAGAUCGAAGGACCGCCGCGGAUUUGGCCCUGCGAUACAUGAGAGAAAAGACAUCACUAGAGGAGCAAUACGUCACACAACUUUCGGGGAAAGUGGCACGCGUCAAUCGUGACCAGGCGCUACCUUUAUGGAUAUGCGAGAGUUCUAUCUGGCCGUGUGGCGUUGAGGCGAUAGCACGCGGCUUUGAUUGUGCCGCUACAGCACAUGACUUGAUGCAGAGUGUUCCGUUAACAGACAUUGUGGAUGUCGGAUCCGAUAUCCUCAACUCAGAGCUACUCAACGCACUACCUGUCUAUGAUGCAUGCGCGUAUAACAGUGCCAGAAUGUUGACUGAACGCUGGUCCGAUCCAUGUGCAAAAGCGGUCAUGGUACUAUACCCCUGGCACAUCCUUAAUGGCAGGCAUAAUUUCCUUCGCAGGGCGUUGCUCGGCUACCCCAAGGCACGGAAAACAUAUACUUGUCAGAAAGGGGCAGACUUUGGCGAAACAUUCGAUCGUAAUUACCGGACAACUGGUUUCAGCCGACCUCUCCAGAAUGCCUGUAAUGGGCAUGUAUAUUGCGAUCAUAUACAGCAACAACUGCAAUCAUGGUCUUGCCCCAAGCCUCAGUGCCGCAACUUCCGUUUCCCAAGUAGCUCGUUGACUCUGCAAUUUGGUUAG